AUGAGGGCUCUGGUGGUGGAAAAAUCCACUCAUCUGUGGCAAGACAAUGGGCAUCCUCAUCAUUUUCUCCUGCUUAUAUGGUCACCUAGUAUCGUUGAUUCCUCUCCGCUCCCUAAGUUGACACUGGCAUUAGUGGAAAUUCUUGGAUCUGCUCCAAAAGGUCCCCUAGCUCAAGCUUAUUUGUUAUCCUUAACAAAUUCCCAGGAUGAGCUUUAUCUUGUGGCAGAGAUGACUCUCAAGCAAGUGGAGAACUUUAGCCCCCCGAUUAUGAAACAAGUUCUUCCUCUUGUGGAGCAACUUCCUCCCUUGUACAUGGAACUCGUAAAUGGAAGGGAAUAUUUUACUCCAAAACCAGAAGAAACUCGACGAUUGGUAUGCCAAUUCUCCUACUGUGAUUAUGCUUAG